AAACAAAAACCUUUUCUUAAACCCUACAAACCUCAAACAAGAACAUCAUCAUUCUCCUCCAUGGCUACCGACGACAACCAAAAUGCUGGCGGCGUUACGGCCCUCCGUCGGCUUAAAUCAACUGAACCACCGCUCUAUCUCUCGGCUUCACCUGACCUUUCUGAAGCGGCUAGAUUAGCUUCCAAGUACUUAUACUCUUCUCUCAAACCCUAUACACCUAAGUCGCCUUUUUCACAGCUCUUGACUGAUGGUUUUGAUGCAGAGCAGAUAUGGCAGCAAAUUGACCUUCAAUCUCAGCCUUUACUUGCCUCCCUUGGUCGCCAUAUCAGACAGUUUGAGAAGAAACCUGAAGAAAUUUCAAAAAGUUACAGUUUAGUUUCAGGUACUAGUGAAAAAAAGAAUAAUUUAGAGAGAGAAAAAGAGGAAAAAAGUGAGGACUUUGAGGAUGUAGAUAUGGAUGAUUUUGAUGAUGAUGAUGAUGAUGAUGAGGAGGAGGAGGAGGAGGAGGAAGAGGAUGAGGGUGAUGAUGGUGAAAAGAGCGAAGACGGGGUAGAGGUGAAUGGAGGGGAAGGGGGAGUGGAAGAUAAGUUUUUUAAGAUAAAUGAGUUGGAAGAAUAUAUGGAGGAUGAUGAGGCAAGGGAGUAUGGAUUGAAGAAGAAGAAGACUAAGAAGAUAAGAAGAAAUAAUGUCGAGGAGGAUGAAGAUGAAGAAGGCGAUGAAGAGGAAGAUGACGAGCUUGGGUUUAUGGGAAUAGGAGAUGAUGAAGAUGAUGAAAAUGGAGGAACAGAAAUUGCCAGAUAUGAGGACUUCUUUGGUUCAAAAAAGGGUACUGGACAGAAGAAAAAUGUUAAAUCAUCUGAUCUAUCAGAUGGCCUGGGAACAGAUGAUGACAUGAUUGAUGAUAAUGAUGACAAUCAGAAGAAGCGAAGCCUUUCUACCCAUGAAAAGGAGCUUGAAAAACUCCGAACUACAAUCGAGGAUAUGGAGAAGGCAAACUUGGAAGAGAAGACCUGGACUAUGCAAGGAGAAGUAACUGCUGCAAGAAGGCCAAAAAAUAGUGCAUUGGAAGUUGAUCUGGAUUUCGAGCACAACGUGAGACCUGCCCCUGUAAUCACUGAAGAGGUUACUGCAACACUUGAAGAACUAAUUCAGAAACGUAUCAUUGAGGGUCGAUUUGAUGAUGUUCAGAAGCCUCCUAGCUUGCCAUCCAGAGCACCAAGAGAAACAAAAGAACUGGAUGACAAUAAAAGCAAAAAGGGACUUGCUGAAAUUUAUGAGGAGGAAUAUGUCCAGAAGACUGGCCUUGUGUCAACAGCAUUAACCUUCUCAGAUGAGCAGAAAAAAGAGGCCACUAUGCUGUUUAAGAAACUGUGCUUGAAGUUGGAUGCUUUGUCUCAUUUCCACUUCACCCCAAAACCGGUCAUAGAAGAUAUGUCUAUACAAGCAAAUGUCCCUGCACUUGCAAUGGAAGAGAUUGCACCUGUGGCGGUCUCUGAUGCAGCUAUGCUGGCUCCCGAGGAAGUAUUUAGUGGCAAAGGAGAUAUUAAAGAAGAAACAGAGUUGACACAAGCAGAGAGAAAAAGGAGGAGAGCGAACAAGAAAAGGAAAUUUAAAGCUGAGUCAGCAAAAAGGACUGUAAAGCCGGCACCAGAAAAUACAUUGUCUAACGGCGUUGAGAGUAAUGAUAAGUCAUAAAGUGUACCAAAAAUGAACCUGAGUGGAGCUCCCAUGCCUCACUCAAGCAAUUUUGAUAACAAUUUUGGCACGGAAUGAUUUCUGCAUCCUUGCUGACCAAGAGUGCAAAGCUGUUCAGAGCUGCAUCCUCAUACAAGACUGUUGUUUCCGUUGUGGACAUGGACUGGAGUAACUUGGAGAAGUGCGGUUGCAUGUUUGUUAUCUGGCAUGACAUGAAGAAAAUGUCACUACCGUGCUAAUUUGGUUGAGAAGAACGAGAUAUUUCACAUGAUAGAGAACUUCAUUACGAUGUAAUGUAUUUUUUUCAUAGGGAUUUGUUGGUGGUGUUAUUAAUUUGAAUUUAAUGGGAGCUUUCAAAAAGUUUUUGAUAUGUAAAGAGUUGGAAUAGUGGCUGAUAAAAUGCGUCAAGUUUCAAACAUAUUAAACUAAGCAGAAAAAUUUAUUGGUUUGAAUUGUUGGACGACAGAA